AUGCUUAGAUGUAUCAUAAGGAAAGCUCCUAAAAGUGCUCAGUCAAUUGCAAGAAGGUCAAUUCUCCAUGGUUCUUUUGUUAUACGACGGGUCAACAUUGGCCAAAGGUUACACAGUACAUCAGCAGUAGCAGAAAUCAUAUCAAAUGUGGAUGAAAUCCAACUAGAGGUACCAAAUAAGGAAUCAUUCGAAGAAUUCCAGGACAAAGAGAGAAUAGAUACACAAGUUAUUCAACCUAAGAGACCACAAUUACCAACUUUAGAUGGGUUAAGUGACUAUCAAAUAUCUAAAAUCUUCAACCAAAUACCAUCAGAAACUCUUAAUGAAAACAUUGAAACAUUUGCAUUUUUAGGUGAAUCUUAUUUAGAUAAUGAAAUUGUCGAAAUAUUAUAUGAAGCUCAACCUAACAUUGAUCAAAAAACAUUCUAUAAAAUUAAAGAUAAAAUUAAGAAUGAUCUCAUACAUUGGACAUUCCCAUUUGAUAUACUUGAGAAUUUAAAAAAAAAUUAUGAACGUGUUAAUAAUUAUGAAAUUCAUGAACAUAGUUUCAAAAUUGAUGAUUCGAAUAAGGUACUACAUGCAUAUUUUGGUGUCUUAUAUCUGGCACAAAAGGAUCAUAAAGAUAUUAAACCUUUUGAAUUUUUGAAAUCAUUGAUUGAACCCAUCAUACCAAGUGUUCUUAAAACCACAGAUCAACAAGAUUUGAACCUAGGAAAUCAUAAUAAUGUCAUUACAACUAACAAACCAGUUGAAGUUGAUUUCACUCCAUCAUCAAACACUGAAAGCUCUAAACUUGAACUUUCAAAACUUUUAAAAACACUUUGGCAAAGAUCUUUAAAAAAGGCAGAAACUGAACUUAUUUCUACGAGUUCCAUAGAUGCACUUCUAAAUCUUAUGGGUGGGAAAAAAAGUUUAGUGGUAUAUGAAACACGAAAAACAGCUAACGAUGGUUAUUUAACUGACUGUAUCAUUAAUGGGGUAGUUGUUGCUAAUGGACAAGAUACAUUUAAAUUUAUUUCUAAGGAAAAGGCAGCUUUUAAAGCUAUAACUUUAUCAAAUGAGAAAAUUUAUGAAUCAAUUUGGUUACCAAUGAUGUAUAAUAGAUUUAAAACUGGGGAUUAUCAAAUUUUGCUUAUAACUUACCUUAAGAAUAUAGCAAAUAUGCCAACGAUGGAGAAAUUUGGUAAAAAUAUUACAGAAGAUGAUAUUUUGACUUUAGUGGAUGAACUUAAAGAAGAGGAUAAGAAGCAGAUUGGGAUUCCAGAUGGGAAAUCUGAAACCGAUCAUGGGGUAUCGAGCUCAAAUAAUAUAUCAAAACUUACCAGUACUAAAGAUAAGGAAACAUUUGACUCAUCUAGAAUUGAAGACCGAAAUCUACGCAAAUAUUUUGAAUUCAAAAGGAUGAAUGUGACAAAAUUCUUGAGUCUUAACACAUCCAAGUCGAGACUUAAUGAUAUACUAAAAGGUUCAAAAAUUAAUUAUGAGACAACACGAGAUGGUACCAAAAUAACGUCAAAAUGUUUAAUUAAUGAUAUAUUGAUUAAUGUUGCUACCGGUAAUACUAUUGAAGAAGCUGAAAAAAAAGCUGCAAUGAAUGCACUUCUUGAAGGUAAAGAAAGAAUCUUUCAUGAUAUUUGGUUUCCAAUGAACAAAAAAAAAUUGAAGAUGUCAACUACAGCGUUUAAACUAAAGUAUCGUGAAUUUUUGAAGUCAAUUAAUCAGAGGGAUGAACCUAGUAUCCCCAAUUCUAAUUCAAACAUUUCAAAAGAAUCAAGUAAUUUAACUAAGACAAUUUCAACAAACAAUUCAUCAAAUAUUAAUGAUUUAAAUUUCAAACUUGAUGAUCAUUCAAACUUGAAGAAAUUUUUCCAAUAUGAAUUAAAUAUUGCUAGAUCAGGAUUGAAUACCACCCUAAUCAAACAGAGCUUAUAUAACCUUGUCAGAGGGGCAGCUAAAGAUACAUCGAUAAAGUAUAGAGUAACUGGUGCAAAUAAGGAAAAUAAUGUGGUUAAAGUAGAAUGUUUUGUAAACAAUCAUUUAGUUGGUACUGGAAUCGAUGCAAAAGAAAAGAUAGCUGAAAAAAUGGCUGUUAUAGAUGCUUUAAAGAAGAAUGAAGAGAAAUUAUUUAAUGAUGUAUGGUUACCAAUGGCAAAGAGUUACUUAAAUGCUCAUAAUCCAGGAGAAAAUGUUCCAUCUUUUAUUAAACAAUAUCUUGAGUUCUUAAAUAGCUCGCAAAAUGUUGUGAAGAAUGAUAAAGUAUCAAAUCAACAAAAUCAGUCAUUAAUAAAAAGCUCAGAUGAUAAAGAUUCAAUUAAGUUAAGAAAGUUUUUCGAAUCUCGCUUAAGAGUUGCAAGAUCAUCAACAAAAACAAACCCCAAAGAAAAACUUCAUGUUCUAACUGGUCCACUUAAUGAAAAAUUCAAGAUUGAAUACAAAAUAGUCUCACGAAUUAAUGGUAACAUAAAAGUGCAUUGUCUUAUUAAUGGUGAAUUUUCAGGCAUGGGUUGUGAUAAAGAAUCAAAAAUUGCAGAAAGAAAAGCAGCUAAAGAUGUUAUUUCUAAUAGAUCAGAACAAUUUUAUAAUGAUAGAUGGUUACCAGUUGCUAAAUCAUUGGUUAAAGAUUUGAAGAAUGGAAAGAAUAAAAAUCUUGUUAAACUUGUUGCCAAUAUGAAUAUAAAAAGUUUCUACAAGAAAAUAAUUAAUGAUAUAAAAUAA